AUGCUCAGUGCACUUUCCACCGCUGCUCCGGCCGCUAUUGCCUCCGCUGUGGCCACACGGCCUGCGCCCCUUGACCACAUCUUCCAGCGCUGCAAGCUGAAUCUUGUAGAGUUCACGGCACAAGACAUUUAUCAGGUGUGUACGACGGCGUAUAACAUGGACACCAUUGGCAUGACACAAGAUCCAGACUUUAUGCGUGGAAUCCACGAUGCCUUUCGCCGCUCCGAUCAGACAGUUCUCUCACCCUUUCAGGCAAACCUCAUCGCGGACACCUUCCGCAAGGUGGGCAUCAUCAGCACCCCAAACGAGGUGGCUGUUCCGGAAGAAGAGGCCAUCUCGCCCGAGUCGCUCAUCAUGGUACUCCGCACCAUGAACAUCACGAAACAACGUGAUGAACGCAAAAUGAACACGGUGCUAAAAUUGAUGUUUCCGAUCCUUGAUGAGUUUAGCCCGACGCAACUCUCUCUCACUGUCACAGAGUUGGCACGGCUAAAGUGCACAAAUACAGAUUUUCUUGGCAAACUCGCAAAACGUAUCAUUGAGUUUAAUGAUGAUUUGAGUCCUCUCGACAUAUCGCUAACAGCCAAGAGUCUUGCAUACUGUCCAGGGGUAUCACACAACAUCCUUCGCCGCGUGUUCCAAAUAGUGGAAGAACGCAUGAGUGAAUUCCAACCCGAAGAUUAUGUUAACGUUCUUCACGCUCUAAACGCGUUGGGUUCAAAAUUUUUAAUGACCUUCCGCCGGUUGGUGGAGUGCGGUUUGGAGCAUGUGGAGAAUAUGGAUGCCGUAACGCUAACAAACUACCUUGUAUGUUUUUCAACAAUGGAUUACAGGCAGCUGGAGCAUGUGGAAAUUUACGCAGACGCUCUUGUAGAAGUUGCGACGGAUCUUUCGGAAAGGGACUUAGUUCAGGCAUUUAUCGCGCUGCAGAGCCUACAACUACUUAGUGACACCAUGUUUGGAACCAUGGCGUCUUGUGCGAUGCGGUACGCACCUAAAAUUGAUCCCCGAAACAUUGCUCCCAUCAUGGACAUUUGCAGCACCGUUCCACACCCUUCCGAACCACUUAUGAAGGCACUUUUGGACCGUGCGAUGGAGUGUACUCGCAUCCUUACGCCAAACCAGCUUGGAGAAAUUCUUAACCUUAUCGGUCUUUACCCUCCAGCGCGGGAGCAUCCACUCGUGCAGAUGUUUGGUAAGCAGGCACGUCUUCGUCUUGACUUGAUGGGACCUGAUGCACUUGCAGGUGCCACGCGCGGCUUGGCCAACCUUGGCUACGCCGAUCCUGAGUUCUACAUUCAGGCCGCCGAAACUGGGUUUCGCUAUGGCUUUAAGGACUGGUCGUUACUGGAACCAAUCCUCAUGGGCCUUAGCAUCACGGCACAGUGUCCACCGACCAUGGUGCGAGUACUUGGCUCACAUCUAGCACCAAUGGCUCGUUCAAUGAGCCUUUUGGACAUUGAGAGAGCAAAUCGUUACAUGAAGCGUCUUGGAUGUGAAGAUGAUUUUGUAUACAAGGCUAUGGCUUCUCGCGUGUUACAAUUUGUAAAGGAGAUUACGCCUGAUAUGCCAGAGGAGUUGCAGAUCCUACUUCAAAGAGGUGCAGUAGAACCUAGCACGGCUCCUGGUGUGAUGUAG